AUGGCACCGAAAACGUCCAAGAAUCGUCCGCCAAUUCCAAAUCCUUAUGGAGUGGAUUAUUCACCUACAGAUCGAGCUACAUGCAAGGGCUGUCUAGGGCGAAUCGGCGAUGGCUCGAUUCGCUUUCUGCGCAAAGUGUGGAGUCCAUGGCAUGACGGUUUCGACAUCCAGAAAUUCCACCUCAGAUGCAGCGCCACCUACGACCCCAAACUCUCCGAAAUCAAAGGUUGGCAAGCCUUACGCUGGGACGACGUCAUCAAGGUCGCAGCAAAGUUCGGCGGCAGAGUUAAGGAGAAUCACCCGCUGGUGCAGGAGCACAAACGACGCUCGGAGGGGAUGUGGAAUCUGAUCGACGCCUUGAAGGAGGUGCCGAAGAAGCAGCUGUUGGCUAUUCUAGAUGCAAACGAGAUUUUCUACAACGAAAAAAAGAUAUCGGCUCUGGAGGCCGCCCAAAUCAUCGCCGACGGCGUCCUCUUUGGUCGACUUCCAAAGUGUCCACUCUGCGAUACACGAGCACUCAUUCAGGAUGGAACAGACAUCAGGUGUCGCGGCUACAUGCAGAACUCGGCCAUGCGUUGCUCCUUUCUAUUUUCUCUCGCCGACCUCCUCAGACCCGAGAAUCCUCCAGACAACAGCGCCACUGGAGUCGCGGAAUCUGCGUUAAGUCGGACGGAACUCUUCAACUUGCCUAUCGAGGCUCAGCGCAUGCCGGUCUUUCGUCAGUGGAAGCCCCCGAAAGACAUUCCUGGCGCGUUCAAGCUCGGCAAUCCUGUCGGACAGCCACCGAAGAAAGGCCAUGUGAAAUAUGACAGUGAAGCUGAGGACGAUAUCCCGAAGAAGAAAGAACUCGCCGGUUUAAAAUUCGCAUGCAUUGGAUCUACAAAUCCACCUCGGCAUGCACUGGCGAAGCUGGUGACUUCUCAUGGCGGCAUUUUCCAAGAGAGUCUGGACAAAGACACAGAUCUGCUCCUCGUCAGCGACGACGACUGGGCAGCCGCGAAGGCCUCGCAGCGGUACCGAGACGCGCAGCUGGCAGGCGUCGCGAUCGUCCGAUGCAGCUUCGUGCCCGCACUCCUCUCUCGGAAAAACGUGGAACCACAGGUGACGCUCUCCGAGGCCAAGAAAGCUCUAAAGAAAGCAGAGCUUUUCGCGCAAGCUUCAAGCCUUCUACCAAAGGGCUUGCUGCUCCGUCAGCGGAAGUACGCGGCGUACUACCUCGUCGAGGGUGAUCUGCUCAAGCCUUUCCCCAGGGUAUCGGAAGCUCUGAAACUGCAGAAAGAGGCAGAUGCUCUCACGAAGGCGAAAAUGAAAGUCAAACGGCCUGCCAUCAAGGCCGGCUCUGCUCUCUUGAAGGUUGAUCCUCUCUUCAGUGUGAAAGGAGGAAAGAUUUACGUCGACAAACAACGCAACGCGUACAAUGCGUCUACGCAGUUCACCGACAUCUCCACAGGAAUCAACAAGUACUACAACUUGCAGGUGAUUCAAACAAACACAACGUUUCACUUCUUUACAAGAUGGGGACGCUUGGGGGCAGACGACAAGGUGACGAACGACUACCGACAAUACAGUCACGGCCAGAGUCUGAAGAGUGCAAUCCAGGCCUUUGAGUCGAAAUUCUUCGGAUUGACGGGGAUCGCCUUCGCCGACCGUUUCGAUUCGUCGCAACAGCCUGGGAGGUAUGCGAUUGUUGAACUUGACGGCUAUCUGCACGAGGAGACGGACGAGAGCGAGAACAAGACAGAUAUGAACAAGGACGCCACCACCGCGGCGGACCUUCCAGUGAAGAGAGAGAAACGCGAACAGGACGCAGAUGCAAGCGACAACGAACGGAAGAAGAAGAAAGUAAAAAACCAGCCCUCAAGCAGCGUCAAAGUAGAAUCUGAAAGCUCCCUCCACCAGGCUGUCCAGGACCUGAUUCAACUCAUCUUCGACCGCGGCAUGGCUGUUCGAGCGUUGACGGAGCAACAUUUGAAUCUGGAGAGAAUGCCAAUUGAAAGCAUUUCCAAGCGGCAGUUGAACGAAGGCUAUGCGAUUCUUCAGGAGCUGCAAAGCCUCUUGCAGGAAACAGCUGAGAAGCGUUCUACGCAGAUGCUCACCGUUCGCCUCGCCGAUGCCACAAAUCGAUUCUACAAUAAAAUUCCUCACGUGUUUGCCCGAAACGCAGUUCCUCCCGUCAUCGAUUCUCUUGCGAAACUCCGCACCAAGGUGGAAAUCAUGGAGCAACUUCUCGACGUGUCUGUGGCGAACUCGUUGCUGGAUGGAGCGCUGAAGAACGCGAAAGACAAGCAUCCGAUCGACGCGCAGUACGAGCAGCUCAAGUGUAACCUCGAGCCCGUCGACGCAGCGAGUGACGACUGGAAGCUGGUCGAGAAAAUGCUUAAGCGAACGCAUGCACCGACGCACAACACCUGGAGCCUGAAGCUCACGCACCUCUUCAAAUGCGACAGAGAAGGCGAAAGAAAAAGAUUCAACGCGUCGAUCAAAAACCGCAUGCUUCUCUGGCAUGGCUCAAGACUGACCAACUGGGCAAGCAUUUUGUCACAAGGACUGAAAGUCGCUCCUGCAGAGGCGCCUUCUUCAGGGUACAUGUUCGACAAAGGUCUCUACUUUGCAGACCUCGCGAGUAAAUCGUCUCAGUACUGUUUUGCGACAUCGAAGAAUCCAGAGGGAAUUUUGAUUCUCUGCGAGGUAGCUCUUGGCAAGCCGUACGUUCGUUUGGAGGCCGACUACGAAGCGGCGAAGCACUGCGAAGAGAAAGGCCUGCAGAGUCUGUUCGGUGUGGGGAAGUCAUGUCCAGACCCAAGAGACGAGGUCGUCCUCCCUUCCGUUGUUGACGACGAAAAAGUGAUCGCACGCACAGGAAGCUGCACUGCGAAUAAAACGGCCUUGGAAGAGGCAAAGAAGGACGAGGCUGCAGGCACCGAUGCCGCUCUUCUGUACAACGAAUACGUCGUCUACAAUCCGAAUCAAGUGGUUAUGCGCUAUGUGUUGCGCGUCAAAUUCGAGUUUGCUUCGUUCAAUUUGGACGACGAACUGUAG